AUGAACCACCGUGUUAACAUCAGCGAAUAUCUUCUCGUCAACAACAGUGACAUAGAUGGGUCACUGGGACGUCCAUCUUCAGACGACGGCAUAAUUUUCAUACUGUACGGAGUCAUUGUGCCGUUUGUGGUAGCCUUUGGAUACGUAGGUAACGUUAUGACGGCAGUGGUUCUGUGGAAGAAGUCGAUGGCGCCAAUAACCAACCUGUAUCUACAGGCACUUGUUCUGUCCGACAUAGCCUUCAUAACCUGCGCCUUCAUGGCGCUGUCUGUGCCCAUAUUAAUAGCCGAAUUCGUGGACCCCGAUAUAGGUCUGAAUGUGUUUAACACCCUUGGAUAUAUAACAAUUAAUUACCUGCUGAUGAUGACGCAAUUGUGUAACGAGUACAUCCUAGUCCUUGUGUCAAUUGACCGGUAUCUAUCUGUAUGUCACCCACAAACACACAGCCAGGUCUACUCAAGGGUCAGAGUGCUUGCCUCCAUUGUAGCAGUGCUGUCUUUCUCAGCGAUUUACAACAUCCCCCGAAUAGUGGCGAUGAAGAUAGAAGAGUCGAUGUGCUUCAACGCCAGUAGUACUGUAACCUGCUACUCUGUUUAUCUGACAGAAAUUGGAGAAAGUUUCCUGUAUCAGAAAGUGUAUGUUAUAUGGAUAUACGCAGUGAUAAAUUUUGUGGUGCCUCUUUUAGCCCUGAUAAUCCUUAACGUCCUCAUCGCCAGAGAGUUGGUGAGAAAACGUCUGAAGCGCAGACGGCUCGGACUGAGGGUCAGUAGUGCCAAGGAUAAUGUCACGAUUGUACUUAUACUUAUCAUGGCAAUAUUUACACUGAUACAGACUCUAGGGCUCGUCAAUCAGGUCAACCAUCUGUACAUGUUUGAGGAGGAUUAUGAGUACAAGAGAACAUACUUGGUUGACACUGUGAACGUUUUAAUUCGAUUGGACAAACCUACAAUAGAGGAUUUUGAGACAGCUGUGGACAGAUUUAUGGUCGCCAACAUGGUCUUAUUGGGAAACAUUAUGUUGUUUGUGCCAGAUGAUUAUCACUUUCUUAUAAUACUCAAGCGACACAUUCACUUUUUGAAAUUUUCAUUUACAGAGGAUUCUUCAUUCGAAACAUUUUGA